AUGUCUUCGGAACGGGAGAAUCAAGUUUACAUGGCCAAAUUGGCCGAGCAGGCCGAGCGAUACGACGAGAUGGUAACAUUUAUGAAAGACGUUGCCAAGCUCGGUGCCGAACUGACGGUUGAGGAGCGCAACCUGCUUUCAGUUGCCUACAAGAACGUGAUCGGUGCCCGCCGUGCCAGCUGGCGCAUCAUCUCCUCGAUCGAGCAGAAGGAAGACACCAAGGGCAACGAAGUCCAUGUGACCAAAAUUAAGGACUACCGUACAAAGGUCGAGGCUGAACUCGCCGAAGUCUGCAAUGACAUCUUGUCUGUCCUCGAUCAACACCUCAUUCCCAGUGCUGAAGCAGGAGAGAGCAAAGUCUUUUACCACAAGAUGCAGGGCGACUACCACCGAUACUUGGCUGAAUUUGCCUCCGGGGAUGGCCGAAAGGUGGCCUCGGAUGCUGCCCAUGAAUCUUACAAGCAAGCAACCGAAAUCGCCCAAUCGGACUUGACCCCCACCCACCCUAUCCGUCUUGGCUUGGCUCUGAAUUUCUCAGUUUUCUACUACGAAAUUCUUAACUCUCCUGAUCGGGCAUGUCAUCUCGCCAAACAAGCCUUUGAUGAUGCGAUCGCUGAAUUAGACACACUGAGUGAAGAGAGCUACAAGGAUUCGACCCUGAUAAUGCAACUCUUGAGAGACAACCUUACACUCUGGACUUCCGAUCUUCAUGAUGCGGAGGAAAAACCGGCUGAAGCCGCCCCGGCCGAGGCUGCUGCUGCUGCCCCCGAAGCAGCAGCACCAGCCGAAGCUGAAGCCCCAGCGCCCUGA